CCUGCAAAUUCAUGUGUGAUGAUAUCUCUCUGAUGCUACUACUAGGUUUCAAUGUCGAGAAAGUUCAAUACAAGAAUGUGAUGUUUACUGUUUGGGAUGUUGGUGGCCAAGAAAAGUUGAGGCCCUUGUGGAGGCACUACUUCAACAAUACUGAUGGCUUGAUCUAUGUAGUUGAUUCAUUGGAUCGGGAGAGGAUUGGAAAAGCUAAAGCUAAAUUUCAUGCAAUAAUCAAUGAUCCUUUGAUGCUUAACAGUGUCAUAUUGGUAUUUGCCAAUAAACAAGAUAUGGUG